AGGGUCGAUUGGAGCGGCUGAAACACAAUGCUGACAAACGAGUGUGUAAAUUUGCGGCAAUGAAGAAGAGAAGCUCGGCUGUAGUUUUUAGGUCGCCAAGCGACUUGAAUAUCAAGUGCAGCAUUUGGGAGUCUAAGUUGUUUGUAAAAUAAGAUCAUAAAGAAUCCAAAAAAGUAAAGAAAUAGUUUUAUCUCAAUGGAGGGAACAGGAACGAAACACGCUAAGCUGGUGUGUCCGUCCGCUGAGGAAUUGAGUGUUAUUGUAAAAAAUGUUCAAUGCGUUCAGUGUGGCCUCGUGUUUCAAAGCGAGCCACGAUUGCGUUUACAUGAUCUUAAGGUUCAUCAACAUAAAAAAUUGGAUAAGACCAUCAAGGAGAAUGUACAGUAUCAUUGUCCUGUUAUAACUUGCAUCUAUGCCCUCAAGUCGCAGAGACAUUUUACUACCAUGAAAUAUCUUAAGCAGCAUUACCUUAAAGUCCAUGCAGCAAAGACAUUUACUUGUACUAGAUGCAACAAGGGUUUCUCCACAGAAGCUGCUAAGGAAGCACAUGUCAGAGUUUGUGGAACACAGUUUACUUGUGCUUGUCUCAAAAUAUUUAAUACUUACGAGGCUUUACUUACUCAUGCUAGAAGAUUUUUUCAUACUGUGGAUGAAAAGUAUAAAAAUUCCUCAAGGAAAACAAAUUCAAAAGCUCCAUUGGCUGCUCGUAUGCCAUUUAUCUCACUCAUGAGGACAGAUAAGCCCAUCACUAUUUUACCAAACAGUGGAGGGUACGGAGCAAUAGACCGAAUUACUGGAGUAGGUGAAAACCUCAAAGUGGCCCAUGAUAUAGCAGUGCAGACUGAUGAGAUUAAACGUGGAAAAAGAAUGCCAACCCCAGUGAAAUGCAAUAGUGUCAAAGAACGUCGUGUAUCACGGCAAACUCAAACGAGUGUUACCACACGGGAGAAACGUCACAGAAGAUCUGCAGAAACACAAACUGGCGAAGACUGUAACUCUAAGAAAAUGGCAGACGUUUCAAAGGUACGAAAACGUAAGAAGGCUGGACUGCCAAAGAAAGCUGAAAGUGCCAUGGUCAAGGAAGACCUAAGCUUUCCUGAGAACUUCGUUUCCGAAAACUUCUUCCCAAACAGUCCACUUCCAUUACGUCACGACGUGGGUCUUCCUGAUUUUUGGGAGGACAAAAAUACUUCCGGUACACAAACAAGUCCCGAAAAAGAUCUCCUAGAAGUAUUAAACGACAGUGUCACCCAAACCGAUCUGGACGCAUUUUAUAAUCCCCAGGAACCUACUUCUAUGCAUUGCGGAUCUCAAACAACGAGUCUCAAUGCUUUAUCCUAUGUAGAAGAUGCAUCUGUCGCCAAUUCGUUUUCAUUUACUUCCACUUCCGGCAUUUCACGCUCAGAUCCCAUGCUAAUGGAUGAGACUUAUAGGGAUAGAUUCAGCAGUAUAGAAACUCAAACGGAACAAGCCCAUUUACAGGCAUUUUUUGAUUCUGAUACUCUCUCAAGAUCUUUUGCAUUGAGCUCAAAUAUCGAAACUCAGACUACAGAGAAUUUUGAAAAUAUGGAACAAUUACUUUAUAGUAAUACUUGUACUCAAACCUGUGAUGAGAUAUUGCCUUCGGAUUUAGGUCUCUCGAAUAUACAAACGCAAACCGCCUGGCCGCGUUUGGACGACGCUACAGUUUCUACGGAAACGCAAACAAAAUUAUCAACCUGUCACGAAGAUUCUAAUAUCUCAUUGGCAGCAAGAUCCUGGCUGCAUACGCAAACAAGUCAUACGGAAACUCAAACAGAUUUACUGAGUAUAUUCGACGAGUUAGAAUGAUACACUCCUUACAUACAAUUUUCAAGAUAUUUAUAAUUCAUUGCUUAAAGCGCGUUUAUUAGAAUUCGGUGACAAACUUAAUGGAGUAUUCAAUGUGCUCUUUCAGUCUCUUUUUGAUAAAGGAUACUUGCAUUACGAUACCUAAGAUCAGGUCUUUUUCAAUUCCCACGAAAAAAGGGUUUACAAAAAUUAUACAUAUUUUUUGGAAUUCCAUAAUAAUCAUAUAAAUGCAUACCACUCGAUAAGCAUUAUCAUAAAUAACAUUUCUUAAAGUAAUGUAAUAAUUAGACAAGUUUUUCAAUUUCAUAUACAUAAA